ACUCCCCGUUUCGGAAACGCAUAAACAGAUCCGAUGGACCGAAACAGAGAAGCAUACCAGAAAAAACAGAUAAAAAAUAAUCAACCACAUCAGCACCGUCGAAAUCUCGGCCAUGUUCUCAACCAUCUGCAUUUGCCCACCUCCUCUCCUCGUCGGUAAAAGCCCCUUCUCUGUCUUCUCCAUUCCCUCUCUAGUCCGGACUGCACCCCGUUUCCCAUCCCUAAAAACCGGAGCCAGACGAAACCGGUUCGGCAGCCAAACCGCUGCCGACCCGGUCCAGCGGAGAAAGCCCGACGGACUCGGCAUUGAAAAUACGGACGAAGAUGAACGGCUACAUUGGGAGGAUCAGAUCUUGGAAGACACCGUCCCGCUCGUCGCCUUCGUGAGGAUGAUCCUUCAGCCUGGAAAAUAUGAAAGUGGUGAUAGACUAAGUGCUGAGCACGAGAACACAAUUUUGGAGAGGUUACUUCCAUAUCAUCCAGGGUUUGAAAGAAAGAUAGGAUGUGGAAUGGAUUACAUCACUAUUGGGUAUCAUCCAGAUUUUGAAAAUUCGCGGUGCUUGUUCAUAGUCCGGAAGGAUGGGCAGCUGGUUGAUUUCUCGUAUUGGAAAUGCAUUAAAGGCCUUAUCAAGAAGAAAUACCCACUGUACGCGGAUAGUUUCAUUUUCAAACACUUCCGGAGGCACGAAUGAAGGAAACCAUGGAAAGGCGGCCCCCUCAAACCAUUGUAAGAUCUUGCUGUGUGGUUUCAAAUGUAUUUGAAUAUAAAAAUUUGGAAAAAUGUCAAUGUUCUUCUUUGGCCCUCCAUUCAAUGUGCAUGCACAUGGGAUCAAGGAAUUAAUGGACUUUGAAUGUUCUGAUUCCUUCUGGAAAUGACAAAUGGGUUUUAACUUCCGUGUA